CCUGGACCUGCUACAUACUUGGCUCUCCAUUUAACUACCCACAGCUCUCAUCUUCUCUCACCCUCGGUCUAUUGCAGCUGCGGUUCACAUCUUGUUGCACAGGGUCAACUGACUUACAGGCUCUAUCCGCAACAGACUCAUCCCAGAGUCCUCCCUCCACGCUUUCUAUCUCUUACUCGUCACCUUGCCGUCGGUUCCCAACCUUGUGGUGUCUCGCACCGAUUCACCAUGGCGGACAGCGAGUUCUCUCCCAAGUUUGCCCCAUUCUUCUCCUUUGCAGGAAUUGCAUCGGCUAUGAUCUUCGGAUCAUUAGGAGCAGCAUAUGGAACCGCCAAAUCUGGAAUCGGUAUUUCCGGUGUGGGAACAUUCAGGCCUGAUCUGAUCAUGAAGUCCCUUAUCCCCGUCGUUAUGUCUGGUAUCAUUGCCGUCUAUGGCCUCGUCAUCGCAGUCCUCAUUGCCGGUGAUAUGGACCCUCCCCCGACCCGGAACAUGAGUCUUUACACUGGAUUUAUGCAUCUGGCUUCUGGUUUGUCGGUUGGCCUCGCAGGCGUGGCUGCUGGAUACACUAUUGGAAUUGUGGGAGAUGCGGGUGUGCGCGCGUACAUGCAGCAAUCGCGGGUCUAUGUUGGCAUGAUUUUAAUUCUCAUCUUCGGCGAGGUCCUUGGUCUCUACGGUCUGAUUGUCGGCCUCAUUCUCAACUCGAAGAGCUCCGGUUAGAGGAUUCCGGCUGGUCGCAGUCCCCUUUUUCCUUUUUCUCGCACUAUUCGACCAUUUCAGCUCCGGUCAAUCCCCUCCCAGCCUAUACGGCCUCGCGAACUCGAGUAAGAAGCACUCUGGUCAUCUCCAGAGGAAGAGAGGGAGAAGCUGGAGUCUGGGUUUGACAACAUUCCACAUGCGCCUAUCCCAUUCGUCUCAAUAUGUUGGCUGUAGAAGUAUGUACGAGUACUUGGUUUAGAUGUCCACAUCACAACCAUGCAAGUUCUGUUUUUCCAUUUCUGGUCGGCUAGUUAUAUUAUUAAAUGCACAUGAUUAG